AUGCGCCGUUUACAGACUCUGCUUUCCAGAAGCUUUCUGGGGCAUCAAUCCCACCCAAAGUCUACCGCCAUGCAGUCCCAAAUGGCGGAAAAGAAAACGACAGUGUGCCCUGUCGGUGAUGAGACGGCAAUUCCAUUAGCCCGUCAAUGCCUUCUUAAUGGCGAGGUAAUAGCCCUGCCCACAGACACAGUUUAUGGUCUGGCCUGCGACGCCAACAACGAACAGGCCAUCCAACGGCUCUACGAGAUUAAGGGCCGUGACGAACACAAGCCUGUUGCUAUCUGCGUGCACAAUAUCGCCGCCCUCCGUCGCUUUGGUCAGGCCGCCCAUCUCAGCGACGAGCUGCUAACUCGCUUGCUCCCGGGCCCCCUGACCAUCGUGAUCGAGCGGACGUCCUAUUUGAGCAACAGGUUCCUUAAUCCCACCACCUCCAAGAUCGGCAUUCGCAUCCCCGACUUUCAGUUUAUGAGCGACUUGUGCGCAGUGUGGAAGGAUCAGCCAUUGGCCCUAACUAGCGCCAACCGUUCCAGUGCACCCAGCAGUCUUCAGGUCUCCGAGUUUCAGUCGCUGUGGCCCCAUUUGGGGGCUGUUUUCGACGCAGGCCGUAUCGGUCUAACGGAGGAACGCCGCUUAGCCUCCACAGUGAUCGACCUGGCCACUCCGGGAUACUACGAGAUUGUAAGAGCAGGAGUGGCACUAAAGCCGACUCUGAUGCUAAUGGAAGAAUAUGGCAUUCAGGCUCGAAAGAUUCUAUAAUCUAAGCCUUACAUUCAAAUAAAUUAUAAUAUUCUUGUUAA